AUGACCGAUGCCGUCGACAGGGAAUUACUGAAAAACUACGAGCUUAAGGAAAAGAUCGGCGAAGGGGCGUAUGGCGUUGUUUGGCGUGCCACCUGCCGCGCGACGGGUGAAGACGCUGCGAUUAAGAAAAUUUACAACGCGUUCGUCAACGCGACCGACGCGCUGCGCACCUUCCGCGAAGUCGUGGUGCUGGAAGCGAUGCGUGGUUCGGAAUACGUUACGCUGCUGCAGGAAGUGAUUCGCGCGGCGAACGACACGGAUCUCUACUUGGUGCUCGAGUUGUGCAGCGGCGACUUGCUGCGGCGGCGCAAGGCUCGGCAGAUCGCGGAGGAGAAGAUUCCGUAUAUUUUUGCGCAGCUGCUGUGCGCUAUCGAAAGUUUGCACCGCCGCGGCGUGAUUCACAGAGAUGUGAAGCCCGCAAACAUCUUAAUCGAUGAGAACUGCGCCGUGAAAUUAGGGGACUUCGGGCUAGCGCGGCUGGUCGGCGACAGCGACACGCUUGAUAGAAUGGAGAAGUUGACUGAUUACGUGGCCAGUCGCUGGUACCGCGCUCCAGAGCUGCUGCUCGGCUCCUCAACGUACGGAUUUUCUGUGGAUUACUGGGCCGCCGGAUGCAUUCUGGCGGAAAUGUACUUGGGUGCUCCGCUGUUCGAGGGCAACUGCAACUAUGAGCAGUUGAGCAUUGUGCUGUCGUAUACUGGACGACCGAGCGACGCGGAGCUAAGCUCGGUCGUGCUGAGCGAUGUGACGUCGCUGACUCAGAUAUGUAAAGCGAAUCGUUUUUAG